CGCUGUACCUCACACGUGAGUGGUUGCUCAGGGCUCUACGUUACGUAGGAGGAAGUGAGGAUCUUGGGGUUUCCGGGCGACUACACGUGAAGACCUCCGUGUUACUAAUUUAAAAGUAACUAUGUCGGACUUUGAGGAGGAUAACACAUCGGCUUCGGAUUCUGACAUUGAUCCGUCUGAGCUGACAGAGAAAGAGCUCCAGGAAGCGUUCUCGCAGGGGAAAAUUAAGCCUGGCUUAAAUGUGGUUUUGGAAGGAAAGAAGAAAUCAGCCAAUGACAUAUCUGGCUUGAAGCAGAGUCUACUGGAUCUCAAAAACGAUUUUCCCUGGGUAGAGCGGCUGGAUGUCACCGAGGCUCCUGUACCAGAAACGCCGGGACAGAGCGGAGAGACGGCCAAAAACCCUUCUGACGUUAACGCGGAGGAUGACUUUCAGAGAGAGAUUUGCUUUUACCGGCAAGCACAGGCUGCUGUGCUCUUUGCUCUGCCCCGUCUUCUCAAGCUGAAGGUAGCAACCAGGCGCCCGGAUGAUUACUUUGCAGAGAUGGCAAAGACUGACCAGCACAUGCAGAAGAUUCGACACAAGCUUCAGUCAAAGCAGGCGGCGAUGGAGAAAUCUGAAAAGGCCAAACAACUGAGAGCUUUGAGGAAAUACGGCAAAAAGGUGCAAACUGAAGUUUUGCAGAAGAGACAGAAAGAAAAAUCAGCCAUGAUGACUCAAGUAAAGAAAUAUCAGAAAGGUCUUUCUGACAAGCUAGAUUUCCUAGAGGGUGAUCAACCCCAGAAGAAAGCCAGUGGAUCUGCCGUUCAGAAGAAAAAGGGACCCAACGCAAAACGGCGCUACAAGGAUGAGAAAUUUGGCUUUGGUGGAAGGAAGAAAGGCUCGAAGAGAAACACAAAAGAGAGUGUUAACGAUGUACCCGGUUUCCGCAAAAGCGCGGCGCAUGGAAGAGGCCCCUCCCGGCCUGGCAAGAAGGGAGGAAAGAACGCCAACAAAAGACCCGGUAAAAGCGUAAGACAGAAGAUUAAGAACAAAGGCAGAUAGAAUGCCGUUUAAGAGGCACGUUGAUCGUUCAGGAACCCUACGUUUUCUCCUAAUGACCAUUUUUUACGCAAUGGAAUAUUCUUCGUGGCGGUGCCCGAUCUACACAAAUGGAAAAGUACAACCGUGGAGAUGGAUCUGCCUGAUUGCUUCUCCGGCCUGAGGAUUGUAUUAUUCAAGAAGUGUCUCUUAAGUGAACUAUUAAGUCUGAUGCAGGGCAAUGAUCUGCGCUCGCUGUUUUUACGCAGUUUUUUUUUUUGUUGUCCAGAAAAACCAUUAAAAAAAUAUAUUGUUGUACAA